AUGUGCCGUCGACUUCGCGGCGACUUGGUCGUUCUGCUGGUGGUUGUCCUGGCGGAGGCACAGUGUGCCAUGAUGAGGAUCGUCCGGGAGGAUCAUGCCAAGUGCGGAUGUCCGGCAGCGUCGCAGAGGCAACCGCGCUCGCUUGUGUCGGCGAAGUUGCUGAAGGACGCGCUUACGUCUUCAACGACUACCACCACCACCGGUCGCAUUUUCAACGGCAAGCCCAGUAAGAGGGGCUCCUGGCCUUGGCAGGUGUCCCUUCAGCUGCUGCACCCGAAGCUCGGUUUUAUCGGCCACUGGUGCGGGGGUGUGCUGAUAGACCCCAAGUGGGUGAUCACCGCCGCUCAUUGCAUUCACAACGAGCUGUUCAAUUUGCCUAUCGGCGCACUGUGGACGGCGGUGGUGGGCGAAUGGGAAUUGGAUGCAGGUGGACGCGGUUCCGCCCGUUUACCCGUCGAAAGAGUCGUCCUCCAUGAGAAAUUCAAUAAUUACCUGCACGACAUAGCCAUGUUGAAACUCGCCAGGCCAGCGCCAUUGUCCAAGGUCGUCCGCACGAUCUGCCUCCCAGGCCCUGAAGAGGACUUCUCCGAAGAGCAAUGCGUGGCCUCCGGCUGGGGCCGGUACGGUCCUUCGCCUUCGCUCUCCCCCGCUCUUCUGGAGGCCAACGUACCCCUCCUGAACCUCGAAGAGUGCCUGCAGGCCUAUGGCAACUCGGUGCCCAUCAAGAAGGGCCAUCUCUGUGCGGGUCACACCGAUGGUUCCACCGGAAGUUGCGUGGGUGACUCCGGGGGACCUCUGCAGUGUCGUCGCGCCGACGGCGUUUGGCAGUUGGCCGGCGUCACGUCCUUUGGCUCUGGCUGCGCCAGGCCGGGCUACCCGGACGUAUACACCAGGAUACAGCAUUACCUGAACUGGAUCAAGAAGACGAUCGCCAACGACGACGAGGAGCGACGGUGA